GUGGUGGUGGCGGCAAACACCAUACCAAAAGCGCCAAUAACAAGCCCCCGAUCGACAGCACCACUACCAAAACACUUCCUGUCACAUUAUCCGCCAAACUCGAACACUUCCAUCCAUUAACAUCCAAAAUGCCGACCCAAUAACCGUCCAAAAUCCUGCUCAGAAUCUAACUAUUUUGUUAAUGUGCUGACAAAUUUCCUCAGUCUCAGCAUCCCCUCCUUCAUCUUUCCAAGAUACCCUUUAAUCCUUCUCUCUUAUACUCUUGACUGCCACUCAUUUUCUUGCUUCCUAGUUGAGCUAAAAUCCCUUCAAUUUUCUCUCAAUUUUGGGUUUUUCUUGGUGGGUUUUGGAGCUUGAAGGGAAUUGAAUUGUGUGUCCGAAGAAAUAAAGAAGGAAAGUUCACAUGGCUUGUUCAUCUGCUUCUAUUUGUUAUCCCGGGACAUCAGCUACUGGUGGAGGAGGGAAUAACAGGGCUCUUCUUACCGGCUCUGGGCCUGCCGGAGUUUUAAUAUCCGGUCGCCGGCUGGGGGUGUCUACUCAGUUGAGGUGUAGGAGCUCGAUUGUUCGGUCUGAUUUGGACUCUAAUGUCUCUGACAUGAGGAAUAAUGCUCCAAAAGGCUUAUUUCCACCAGAACCUGAACAUUAUCGUGGACCAAAGUUAAAAGUAGCAAUUAUUGGAGCUGGGCUUGCUGGCAUGUCAACUGCAGUGGAGCUUUUGGAUCAAGGCCAUGAGGUGGAUAUUUAUGAAUCACAUUCUUUUAUUGGUGGUAAAGUAGGUUCUUUUGUUGAUAAACGAGGAAAUCACAUUGAAAUGGGACUGCAUGUCUUCUUUGGUUGCUACAACAACCUUUUCCGCCUGAUGAAAAAGGUAGGUGCUGAUAAAAAUUUGCUCGUGAAGGAUCAUACUCACACAUUUGUUAACAAAGGGGCUGAAAUUGGUGAACUUGAUUUCCGCUUUCCAGUUGGGGCACCUUUACAUGGAAUUAAUGCAUUCUUGUCUACCAAUCAGCUAAAGAUUUAUGAUAAGGCAAGAAAUGCCGUGGCUCUCGCGCUUAGUCCAGUUGUACGGGCUCUGGUUGAUCCUGAUGGAGCGCUGAGGGAGAUACGGGAUUUAGACAGGAUAAGCUUCUCAGAUUGGUUCUUAUCCAAAGGAGGGACUCGCGCAAGUAUACAGAGGAUGUGGGAUCCUGUUGCAUAUGCUCUUGGAUUCAUUGACUGUGAUAAUAUCAGUGCUCGUUGUAUGCUUACCAUAUUUGCAUUGUUUGCCACCAAAACUGAGGCUUCCCUACUACGGAUGUUGAAAGGUUCUCCUGAUGUUUAUCUGAGUGGCCCUAUUAAAAAAUAUAUCAUGGACAAAGGAGGCAGAUUCCAUCUUAGGUGGGGAUGCAGAGAGGUACUCUAUGAGAAAUCUCCUGAUGGAGACACAUAUGUCACUGGGCUUUUAAUUUCCAAGGCUACUGAAAGAAAAGUUGUAAAAGCUGAUGUUUAUGUUGCAGCAUGUGAUGUCCCUGGGAUUAAAAGAUUAGUUCCUCAGAAGUGGAGGGAGUGGGAAUUUUUUGACAAUAUCUAUAAACUGGUUGGAGUUCCUGUUGUUACUGUGCAACUGAGAUACAAUGGUUGGGUUACGGAGUUACAGGAUUUGGAACGUUCAAGGCAAUUAAGACGAGCUGCAGGUCUAGAUAAUCUCCUCUACACACCGGAUGCAGAUUUCUCUUGCUUUGCGGACCUUGCACUUGCAUCUCCAGAAGAUUAUUACCUAGAAGGCCAGGGUUCGUUGCUCCAGUGUGUACUAACUCCUGGGGACCCUUACAUGCCCCUACCUAAUGAUGAAAUCAUAAACAGAGUUUCAAAGCAGGUUUUGGCUUUAUUCCCCUCUUCCCAAGGUCUGGAGGUUACUUGGUCAUCUGUUGUGAAAAUUGGGCAGUCGUUAUACUGUGAAGGACCUGGUAAAGAUCCAUUUAGACCAGAUCAAAAGACACCAGUGAAAAAUUUUUUCCUUGCUGGUUCAUACACAAAACAGGAUUAUAUAGAUAGUAUGGAGGGAGCAACACUGUCAGGUAGACAAGCUUCGGCUUACAUAUGCGAUGCUGGAGAAGAAUUGGUGACCCUACGGAAGAAAAUCGUGGCAGCUGAAUCCAGUGAAACAACGGAAGCUGCUAUUACAUCUGACCAGUUGAGUCUCGUGUGAUCGAAAAAUUCUUUUCUUCAUCAAUGAGAUGCGAUACAUUAUUGACUUAGGGAGCGGAUACAAAAACACUGCAGUUUGCCUGAAGAGCAGGAGGGAACUGCCAGCACCAUUAAGUAGGAGGAAACUGAAGGUCAGAAGAGCCUGUAUGUGCAUUAUGUAUCUAAUGUAAUUCAUUUAAUCAAGAAUGCAACUUGUCAAUUAUAUCAAUGCUCAAUACAGCCCUAUUCAGUUCUUGUCUUGGAAAUCUGUCUGCCAAGUGAUUUUUUAUGGCAAUCUUCCAUCCUAAAUGGCAAUCUUUCAUUGAUUUUUUAUGCUUC